AUGCGUGUACUUUCACUUUUAACUGCUGCGGCCUCAGCAGCCCUUGUGGCAGCCAACCCAUUGCCUCGCCAGGCCUCCAACUUUGCCGGGUAUCUCAUCUCGACAUUCAGUGAUGCCAACCCCAAAGUUCAAUUUCACCUAUCAAAUGGCAACAGCGCGUCGAGCUUCAAGUUCUUGAACAAGGGGCAGCCAGUACUUACAUCCACUGUCGGUACAAGGGCGGUUCGUGAUGUGUACCUUACAACCAACCCUUCGAGAUCUGUAUGGUAUAUUAUUGCUACAGAUCUUGACAUCAACGCCGCUGGGUUCAACUGGGACAAGGCUACAAGAACCGGUAGCAGAGGCAUCGUCGUCUGGAAGUCAACCAACCUGGUGGACUGGUCUGCUCCUUCUUUGAGAAUCGUCGAAGCCGAUACAGCAGGCAUGGUCUGGGCUCCAUCUGCUGUUUGGGAUGACGAAAAAGGCCAUUGGUACGUCUUUUGGGCCUCCAGACACUACCGGGCUACUGAUACGGGCCACACCGGUACCGCAACGCUCGACCGGAUCCGUUACACGGCGACCAAGGACUUUGUCACCUUCAGCCCAGCCCGGGACUAUGUCGCUCUUUCCGGUACACCCCUCAUCGACCAGGAGUUCCAGUAUCUCGGCACCCCUGGUGCUUACGCUCGCUUCCUCAAGAACGAGACGACCAACCAGGUUUACCAAGAAGUCACUUCCAACGGGCUUUUUGGUACUUGGAGACGCAUCCCUGGAUAUGUUAGAAACGAGAGCCCUCGCGAAGGGCCUGCAUCCUUUGCUGAUAACACCACUCCUGGAUUGUACCACCUCCUGCUUGACGACUACACGCAAUAUGUGCCCUUCCAGACCAAUAACAUCCAGUCGCCAAACUGGCAGACCUCAAGCACAUCCGGCUUUCCUCGUGGAUUGAAGCAUGGCAGUGUUACACCGUUAACGCAGAGCGAGUGGAACGCCCUUAACUCGAGGUUCCCGGCCUAG